AUGUCGUCGCCAUUCAACCCGCUCACAGCGCUCACACCAGGGCUGCACGCGACGCCAGGCCUCGGCGCGUCCCCAAGCGUGCCGCUGCACCCGUUCCUGCUGCCGUCGGCCUCGCCCGCCGCCGCGUCGCCGGGCACGCUGCUCGCCCUGGCAGGCAGCUACUCUGCGCCGCUCACAAACCUCAACCUGGCCGGCACGCCUGCCGCUCAGCAACAGCUGUCCAUCCCGGUCCCCCUCCCUCCGCCAACAGCAGCGACAGCGACGCCGCAGACCGAGGCGGACGACACGCUCCGCGCAAUCCCGGACAUUGCGCGCCUGCUCGAGCGCGCCGAGGCCGUGCGCCUCGAGCUGUCCAGUCUCGAGGGGAGCGUCUUCACGUCCGGCGAGGGCGCCGAGCGUAGCGGCGGGCUCGCGAGGUUGGAAGCCCUGCAACUAGACUACGCGCAGACGCUCCUCGCGCUCAUCCAGCUCGGCGGCACAUACCUCGUCGGCGCGCUGCCCGUGCCCCUGUCGUCGGCGGUCCCGCCAGCAGCACCAGCAGCAGGAGCAGGAGCAGGAGCAGGGCCCGACGCUGCGCCCCCGGCGAGCACGACCCCGGCGCCGACGUCGGGCGUCGGCGCGCUCCCGACCCCCGCGCAGCUGGCUACCUUCGCCGAGGGGCGCGCGGCGGCCAUGUUUGCCCGCCGGGAGGGCGUCAAGACUGCUGCCAAGGCUGUGCAGGACGUGCUGAAGGGGGCAGGGAAGUGA